AGAAAGCAAGAAAUAAAACAAAUGUCUGAAGGUCACAGCAGGUAAGUUUAAAAUCCAUUACAGAUCUCCUCCUCUUGGCUCCAGUCUGAUGCUUUACCUGCCAGGUUGUUCCAAAAGCCUUCAGGAACAAAUGUUCUUUGAACUAUUAGGAGAAAUAAAACGUUGCCAGUUCAACAAUAUAGUUUGAUAGCCAGGCACUGUGCAGUAAUUAUCCUUCCCUGGUGGCUGCUUGUUUAUACCAAGGUCAUGUAGCAUCCUGCUAUUCCCAGAACAGUGUGAAAUAAGUGUUAGGGCUGUCCAUGCCUCACUUCCUAGCUCUUUAAUCAAGAAUACACACAAAUACAUUAUGAGCUUUUGUGUUUCAGCAGUUUAUUCUGUCCCAGCAGAAUAUUAAAAUAUAGCUUUGCUUUCUUAUUUUUGAGUUCAAUUUAAUACUUUUUGCACAGAAGAGGCCUCAGCCAGCACAAAGUGGAUCAGAGCUGCAAUUAAUGCAGUUGCCAGUCUAAGGAGGAAGCCUUGCUGCUGUUUCUCAGUCAAAACAUCCUGGAUUUUUGCAGACCUUCAGUGCAGCACUGAAAAGCCUCUCAGACCCACAGGGUAAGAUUGCAGUUGGGAGGGAGGAAAACAGGAUGGAUGGAAGUCUUAACAGAGGAACAAGUAUCUGCCUGCAGUCGUGCUGUGCUACAAAAGAGAACGCUGUGUUGUCUCCUGUUGGUUUUUUAUGUUAGCAUAUUUUAUGUUAGCAUACUCCAACUCUUAAAGGAUCUCUUCAGGAAUUGAGGCUAUUAAAUGGGUUGUAAAAGUGAAUCAGAAGCUCCUGUGAAGUAGAAUCUGUCAGGCUGGGAACACGCCAGGUCUGUGCAAGGAGAACAGAAUCAAAGCACUUUUAAUCAGAUUCAUCUGACGGCCAGAGAAGGGCUGUGGCCUCAUAAAAGGUUGCAGCCAUGCUAAUUCUAGUCUGUCCUUUGGAAUUGAAGCAGUUCCUCCUGUUGAGAACAGGUGGUCAGGCUGCAGCACAUUGGUGCUUUGUGAAAGUCCUGGUAGCUCCAGGCUGUAAUUAGCAAUUUCAUCCCGUUUGUUUAUCAGUAAAAGGAGACUUGCUUUGUCUGCAACAAGCACAGCGCGUGCCUCCACUUCCUCACAGUUCAUAAGCUUCCCUCUGUUAAAUGAGCACUUUCUGUUCUUACCCUCCGCAGUGAGGAAGAUCCAGAAGGAAAGGAUGUGUAAAAUUCUCCCCAGAUUAUUCCCUCGCUGGCAAAACAGCACGUGAAGACCUUCCCUUUGAAACAUGCAGAAGUUUCAUUGCUUGCAAGAACAUCAAUUUUCUGUAAUGCUUCCCUGAAAUUUACCUGUUGAGAAUUACCUGGCUGUGUAAAUUCACACAAAAGCAUUUCCAUUUGCUUCUCACUGGGAAAUCUGGCUUUGUUUGCGAUCUAGGUAAGUUGCUUUAGUUCUUAGUUAGAAGUUCUUUAAUCUUACAGUGAGGUGUAGUGGGAAAGGAGACCUUAUGUGCCCAAGCCAGACUGCUGACAAUGCUCUGUGGGGAACAAUUUCAUACUGGCAGAGGUCUGGAGUUGCUCGGUUUCUUACCUCUGUGGUCUGAUGUUUCCAGCUUCCUCCUGUUCUGCAACAAAUUUGGUCAAGAAGGGCAAGGCCUAUCCUAGCUGCUAGUGCAGAUCUGCCUCCAGAGUCCCACUGCUGCUCUGACUGCAUUGUCCCUGGCAGAUGUGACCCUAAAUGCAGAUCACCCUAUGUGUAAGGAGUUGGACCUUGCCCUUGUGCCUCAAAAAGGGCCCAGAAGCUGCUUUAAGCAUAUAUAAAACUGUCUGAUUCUUUUACUUUGAGUUCUCAUCCCUGGAAACAUGGACAAAUUGCCUGCUCAGUCCUGGUGCUGUAUGGAGAAAACGCUGCCAUGCUCAUGGAAAGCAGAAUCUCCAGGAAGUCACCAGUGGGAGUCUGAGUGAGGAUUUCACAGCCUGGUCCCCUGUGAGGAGAGCGAACUGCCUGCUGCCUGGUGCUGUGAGAUAAGGGAGAUCCAAGAAACGCUGAAUUGCUGACGCUACGGCACAAAGUUCUUAAGGAGCGGUGCCUUCAGCAUGGCCCAUAAAAGCCAGGAUGGUGGGAUUGAGAAAAACAGCUCGCUUUCCUCCGUCCUGUAUUGUAAGAGUGAUUCGAAGGAAGGAUCCCCGCAGUGGGUGAAAGAACCCCGCAAUGGCCAGGUGCUCAUGGUUCUCAGCAUGGACAACACCUGCUCAUCUGCCUCCUUCGACAUGGAGCUUUGUGCAGAGAAACUCCAGUCCCUGGGGGUUCAGGCGGCAGCGGGUGAGUGGAGGAGGCUGAUCGAGGAGGCAGUCCUGAAGCCCGAAGUGAGGCGUUACCUCUUCUACAACUCCAGGGCAUUCCAGAUAGCCAUUGCUGUGAUUUUCUACAUGUCUCUCUGGAUAAACAUUUACACCACGGUCCAGCUGUGCUCCUUUGGGCAUUACUGGGAGGCCAGCGUGCUGGUGACUCUGGCUGCUGUGGCUGUCACUGUGGUUGUGAUCCUGGUCAUCGACCACCGCCAGAGAAAGCUGGGCUGGCGGCACAGGCUGGACCAGCUCUGUGUGGUGAUGGAGGUGGCUGUUCCUGCAGCAGAGGACACUUCGUGCGAGGAAUCACCUCUCCUAUCCGGUGGGGAGAGCUUCAAGAAAGAGUCCAUGAUGUGCAAUGAGCUGCUCCACCUCAUCCCUGAGGGCCCCCCAGAGGUGAUGGCCCAGCAGCUCCUGGUGAUCUUCAGUGCCUGCUACGUGCGGCUGCUGGUCAGUGGCCGGCUGCCCCGUCCUGUGCUCUCUGGGCACAUGGAGGGCAGCAGUGUGCCCUGCCCAUGCCAGUUCAUCCAAGCCUCUGUGCUCAGCACAGGGCGCUGCUGGCUGCCGGGCAGAGGGCUGCGGGAGGCUGAAGGGCAAGCACAGCAGUGUGAAGAGGCAGAGAAGGCUGUCACCACUCAUCCUGGACUCUGGAAGAAGGAGUGGAAAUAGGACUCUAAUAAAGCAUGCAAACUUGCCAUGCA